UUCUAUUUAAAGUAUACCAAUAUUGUUUCAAAUACAUUUUUUGUCUCUUUAUAAUUUCAGACUUACGGAUAAAAAUGGAUAAUUCAUAUGACACAAGUCUUGGCAACUCAACAGAUUCUGGAUACCAAAGCUCUUCAGGAAUACCUCAAAAAGAAUUUCACGACAAAAAUGAUACAAACAGCAACAAUAAACACAUAAAAAAUAUCAAAGAUUCUAAACUUUUAACACCAGCAACAAGUUGGAAAAUAGAAGAAACCAUUUGUAUUUGCAGUCAUUUUCGUUUUCUGAAAAGAGAAAUUUAUUUAAAGCCGCUAGUAGAUCUGUUUUUUCAAAAUGGUGAUUUUGAUGAAGAUGACAUGGAGGAAAUAUUACACCAGCAAAGAAGGAGACGACAGUCUGUUGAUAUAUUCUUGCGCAAGCUGUUGCGCCUAAAAACUGGUAGCUUUGAUAUUUUCUUACGCUUUCUCAGGCAAACAGAACAGGAACAUAUUGCUUACGAACUGGAAAUGGCUCCCUCUGUUUGUGAAGAUCUUGAUGACACUCACCAGUCAGAACACGACAUGGAAACAAGCAUUUUAAUGAACCUAGAGCUCCUAUGUGACGAUUUGGAGCCCGACAAAGUUGCUGAUUUCUUCUUACAGUAUCGCGUAUUUAGUAUUGAUGAAUACGAGUCAGUUAUUAGUCAUAGAAACAGAAGAAAAAAGGCUGAAGAAAUGGUUGGACUGAUUCUUGAAAACUUACCUCGAAGUUUCCUAAUAUUGCGACUUACAUACAGGAAAAUGGGAAAUAAACAAAACAUACUUCAAGCAUUAGAUGCAGUCAAACCUUUAGAAAAUCAAGAUGGUAUGCUUCUGAAGUUAUCAGUAAAGAAAAAAGGACCAGAUGAUAUCAAUAUGAAGAUAAGAGAGCAUUUCGAGAUGAAGAGACGAGAUCUCAAUUGCACGUGCAUGCUUUAUCCUACUGGCUUCUUCAAUGUCAAGAUGAGACUGCAAACCAAAGAUCCACAAGAUGCAGCAUUUGAAAGAAAUAUUGUGGAGAGCUUACAAGUUUUAGAAGUUGUCGAGGAAAUAAACCAAAAACUUCGAAAGUUUUCAAAUUGUCAAGUACAACUUGUUGACUUUGGUUCAGUUGUACUAUACUUACUAAAUUGUGGUCCACUGCUACGAGAGAAAAGUGAUAUCCCUGUGGAUGUUGACACACUGCUACGGUUGAUUUUCCUUCACCCAGCUGUAGGCGAUUUUGGAUGCUACAAAGGCCUGCGGUUCAAUGUUACAAUUGAAGAAUUAACACUAAAGAGUAUUGAAGAACCGCAGAAAUGUGGCCAUGUAAAACGAGAAGCAGUGCAAAGAAACAUAGACUUCUUGGCUGAGGAAUUAAGUAUUUGGCCCUUUGUACAUCACAAAAAAGUUCCUAAACUAUUCAAGAAGUCUGAAAUCGAUUCCGUGUUAAACGGUGCAUCAAAGAAGCGGAAAAAGAGAAUGCAUGUUUUACUGUCACUCAUCUUGAGCAGAGGGGAUCCAGCGGUUCGAUUCUUUGAAAUGGUUUUGAAAGAAGAAAAACAAACCGACAUUUUGAAGCGUCUAUGCAACUUUGAUAGUAUUGAAGGAUCAUCACCAACUGGCAGUUAUGCAGCACUUAUUGAUGAGAUGUCUCCUUCAUUAGUUAUCGACGAAUGUAAGACAGUUGGUAUCGAUAUAGGUAAGAGGAUAGAAAAAGAGAAUUCGCUAACCCGAAGAAAGAUGUGCGAGGUAAUACUUGAGCAUGCGGUUUGUCAAGACCAUGAGACUAAACAAAAGAUUUUUUGGAUACUCGGGAAGAACUAUCCAGAUCAAGUUGAUUUCAGGGCUACAUCAAGCCAAAAGAUAUCGUAUAACAGUAAUUCAUACAGCACCAUUGAGUCGGAAGAGGAUAAUUUAACUAAACUUUAUGAAGGGAACCAUCACAUUGACAAACCAGAUUUUGAUCAAAUGGGAAGAAGUAUACAGCCAGAUUAUCUAACCACAAGAAGCCAAUAUCGACGUGUUCUUAAUGAAACACGGGAUAGUGAUAUAAUGGAGAAUAUACAAUAUCAGGAAACAUAUACAUGUGAUUUAAGCAGAAGUAAUAAAAGUGAUGCCUCAAGUGGAUAUUGUACUGAUAAAGAACAUAAAUAAUUCUUAAAGAGUGUCAUUAUAUAUAUUGUUUUCUUCGUUUUCAUUGUAUAAACAGCGAACAAAGUCGUUACCUAUUGUUUAAA